ACCGACUCACUAUCCACGAAGGGCGAGCUCGCCCGUGCAGGCAGUCCGAUGCGCAUGGACUGUGCCGCCGGAAGGCAGAGCUCUUCGCAGGCCGACGGGACGAUGUUGGUCGUCAAGAACUGCUUCUUGGAGGUGGUGGACGUCGGUGCCGGACUCCGCCGCAGCAAGAGCGACAGCCAUCCUCGGGGCACGCGUUCUGGGGCCGCGCCGCGCCCGCGGCCGCGGCCCCGGCCUCGCACAGGGACGACGAGGCCUCGGCGGGCCAGUGCGCGGCCGAGGACGACGCCCCCACCGGGAACCCCGCCAGCCCACGGUGGGUCUUCGAGCCCGCUUCGGUCGAGUCGGGUAGCCGCUGCUCCUGGGCGGAGCUCAGCGACUGCAGCCCGCACGAGGCUGGCGGGAGCUGCGGGUUCAGCGACAUCGACAGG